UCAUUGUUCACUGCUUGUGAGAUAGACGCAGGGCACCCGAGCGGGGAAACUCCAACCAACAAAUCUUCUUGUUGUUCACCUAUCUUUUUCUCUCUACAUCUGUACCUAUAUCUAUAAAUCUCGUCAGGGUCGUUUAAGAUGACAGAGCCCUCUAAAGUCAUUCACGUCCGCAAUGUGGGACAUGAAAUUUCUGAGAAUGAUUUGCUUCAGUUAUUCCAGCCCUUUGGAGUCAUCACCAAGCUUGUUAUGCUUCGGGCUAAAAAUCAGGCCCUUCUCCAAAUGCAAGAUAUUCCUUCAGCUAUAAAUGCCUUGCAAUUCUACACAAAUGUUCAGCCGACUGUAAGGGGAAGGAAUGUUUAUGUUCAAUUCUCAUCACAUCAAGAACUAACAACUAUGGAACAGAAUGCCCAAGGACGAGAAGAUGAGCCUAAUCGAAUUCUCUUAGUUACAAUUCAUCACAUGCUAUAUCCUAUAACCGUGGAAGUGCUGCAUCAAGUUUUUUCUCCUCAUGGAUUUGUGGAGAAGAUCGUCAUAUUUCAGAAGUCAGCUGGUUUUCAAGCCCUUAUCCAGUAUCAGUUACGCCAGAGUGCUGUUUCAGCAAGAAACUCUCUUCAGGGGCGGAACAUAUAUGAUGGUUGCUGUCAGCUGGAUAUUCAGUUUUCAAACCUCAAUGAGUUACAGGUGAACUACAAUAAUGAGCGGUCAAGGGAUUUCACAAACCCAUCUCUGCCUACGGAACAGAAGGGAAGAUCCUCCCAACCUGGUUAUGGAGACGCAGGAGUUGGGUUUCCGCAGAUGGGCAAUGCUGCUGCCGUUGCUGCCUUUCAAGGAGCUUUGCCUCCCGGAAUAAGCGGGACAAAUGACAGGUGUACUGUUCUUGUAUCUAAUCUAAAUCCUGAUAGAGUAGACGAGGAUAUGCUGUUCAACUUAUUUUCCAUUUAUGGAAAUAUUGUGAGAAUCAAACUUCUCCGCAAUAAACCAGACCAUGCAUUAGUUCAAAUGGGUGACGGCUUUCAGGCUGAAUUGGCAGUACAUUUUCUGAAGGGAGCCAUGUUGUUUGGGAAGCAUUUGGAGGUGAACUUUUCAAAGCAUCCGAACAUUACAACAGGUGCUGAUACACAUGAGUACAUGAAUUCAAAUCUCAACCGCUUCAACCGUAAUGCUGCAAAGAAUUAUCGCUAUUGCUGCUCCCCAACCAAGAUGAUCCACCUGUCUUCCCUCACCCAGGACGUCACCGAGGAAGAGAUUGUGGCCCACCUGGCAGAACAUGGCACCAUUGUCAAUAGCAAGCUCUUUGAGAUGAAUGGUAAGAAGCAGGCCCUUGUCCUGUUUGAAACUGAGGAGCAGGCCACUGAAGCCCUUGUGUGCAAGCAUGCUAGCUCCCUUGGCGGUACAAUGAUCCGAAUUUCUUUUUCCCAGCUGCAGACCAUCUAAGGACCUCUUAUACUGAAAGGGUAACAAGGGUAAAUGUGUCAUGCAAAGGACAUUUAUGUGCCAGUGGCACUUUUAGUUAACUCUUUUAUGUUAUUUCUUGCAACUGAAGUUAACUGCUUUUGUAUUGGUGGACUGCUCUUCGCUUUUGUUUAGGUCCCUUCUCAUCUUUUUAUGCCUGUACCUAUUGUUUCUGGUUUCCUUAACCUCAGGCAAGGAUCCAUCAUUUAUGGGUGUGCUGGAUUUUGUAGAAUGGAAGAAGAGGAUGACAAGGAUUUAAAUCCUCGUCAUUAAAGAGAUGCGUUCUUGUCUUCUUAAUCCAUAUGUACUUUAUUUUACUUUGUAAUCGGUUUUCUGCUGCUUUCUUCCCCUCGA